AUGCCACAAUAUGCCAGGUCUCUUUGCCAGUUGGAGACUGAGAUGGUGGAGAAGGCGAAGCCACUGCUGAGUACAGAGAUCAGCCGCUCAGCAGAGACCUGCCAUGUCAAAAGUCCAUAUGUGCAGGCAGUGCAACAAGAUCUACAGGAAUACGAGGUUCAGCUAGCUUGUCGCUUGCUUUCAGACUCACAGUCUGAAGCCCAGCCAGGCAGUAAGAUUUGCAUGCCCGUGACCUCUUCAAUCGGGACCCACCCGAGGCGUCAGAUUUCCGAGGAGCAUCAGCGACAAGCCAGUCGAGAGACCCUCUCAGCAGUGCUGCACGAUGUUAGACGUGUUCCAUGGGCUCUAUUGUUCGGUGCAUGCUUGCGAAUUCUUCUUGCUGAAGGUUAA